UGUUGUGUUACGGCUUGCGCAAGCAUGUGCUUUAUUGUAAAAUCGAAAUCCAGGUUGUGGGGAUGUGAAAUUAUCGAACGAAAUCCUUACUAACUUUUAGAAUAAGAUGCCUAGGAAAAAGGCUGUGAAGCGAGGACAUUCAGCAACAGAAGAAACAAAGGCAUCUAAAAAAGUCAAAGUAUCUCAUAAGUCUCAUAGGACAUUGCCCGGCCAGGUUCUGACAUUAGGGCAGGGUGAUGUGGGUCAGCUUGGCUUGGGAGUGGAUGUCUUGGAGAGAAAAAAACCUGCUCUGGUCAGCUUACCCGAAGAAAUAGUACAAGCUGAAGCUGGUGGAAUGCAUACUGUUUGCCUUGGAAAAUCUGGCACUAUUUAUACCUUUGGGUGCAAUGAUGAAGGUGCUCUUGGUCGUGACACUAAUGAGGAAGGCUCUGAAAUGGUCCCUGCGAAAGUUGAGUUAAAUGAGAAAAUUAUUCAAGUAUCAGCAGGUGAUAGCCAUACAGCUGCAUUAACAGAAGAUGGUAGAGUCUACAUCUGGGGGUCUUUCAGGGAUAAUAAUGGGGUAAUUGGUCUUUUAGAACCAUUGAAGCCAUGUGCCAAACCAGUGCAGUUUAAGAUGGAUCAUGCAGUUGUCAAAAUUGCAUCAGGAAAUGAUCACCUAAUGAUGUUGACAGCUGGUGGCAUCCUUUAUAGUUCAGGUUGUGGAGAUCAAGGGCAACUGGGAAGAGUUCCUGAACUGUUUACCAACAGAGGAGGCAGGAGAGGCCUAGAGCGUCUCCUUGUUCCUCAAUGCAUCAAGUUUAAAGGCAAAGGAAGGGUGCUUUUCUCUGAUGUGUUUUGUGGUGCUUACUUUACUUUUGCUGUAUCUAGAGAAGGUCAUGUGUAUGGCUUUGGGCUUUCAAAUUACCACCAACUAGGCACUGUGAGCAAUAAUUCUUGCUUCACCCCGAUUAAUCUAACUGCUUUCAAGAACUCAACAAAAUCAUGGGUAGCAUUUUCUGGAGGACAGCACCAUACAGUGUGUCUUGACUCUGAAGGUAAAGUAUAUAGUCUGGGCAGAGCAGAAUAUGGAAGACUUGGCCUAGGAAAAGAGGCAGAAGAAAAGAGAAUCCCCACUCUGGUUCCCGUUUUGACUGAUGUAAUCUCAGUUGCAUGUGGUGCAUCUGUCAGUUAUGCUGUCACAAGGAAUGGGCAUCUUUAUGCAUGGGGAAUGGGCACAAACAUGCAACUAGGAACUGGAGAAGAGGAUGAUGAAUGGAGUCCUAUUGAAAUGACUGGGAAGCAACUUGAGAAAAGAGCAGUACUGUCUGUUUCCAGUGGAGGGCAGCAUACAGUUCUUUUGGUUCAAGAUAAGCCACAGAGUUGAUGCUGUUAGCUCUGUUAAAAUAGCAGAAUAUGAGAGACUGGCAAUAUUAUCUUGAAAGCAGUCAUCACAAAAAUUAUUAAAUGAGGAGUUGCUGUCUGUGAAUAUUGUUGCAAAGUUUUGUUUUUAAUGUAUGUGAGAGCAGAAGUUAGAGAUUUGUAUCUGUGUCAUCACAUGUAUAGUUUUAUUAUUUUUUUUUUUUUAAAGUUUCUUUUUGUUUGUUUGGAACCUCAUUUAGAAUGUGGAAAAAAGUUGACAAUUUUUAAGAGUUUAUUUGACUUUGACCCAUUAACCAAAGUGUUUUAAUCAUUUUCAAGCUAUGCUUUGCAGUAAAUAGAAAUUGUUGGUGUAGUCCUUGUCUGACUAUAAAAGAAAGUUGAACACAUUACUGUUGAAUCUUAGUAAAUCCUGUAGAUUGGUUAAUGUCAAGCAAGUUAGGAAUGCCUAAGAAUGCUAAAGAACAGUCUUUGCUUGUAUAUGAAUGUUUAGGAGACAAGCAUGCAAACAUUCUGAUGACUUAAGCAGGAACAAUGUUUUAAAUAUUGUAGACAAUGCUAACAUUCAGCUAGUAUAAUGUGCUAGCAAAGCUUGAUGUGUCAUUCUGGUAGGAGGAUUAUCAUCUUUAUUUCCUUUUUCCUAUAGCAAUUCAGUCUGCUUAAGAACAAGAUGGUGAAUUAGAAGAGCAACUUAUGCUUAUGAAUACCACUUUUUGGACAAAAUUUAGUUUUAGAGUUGUUUUGCUGCACAAACUGAAUAAUAUCUUCUAUUUUUAUUUCUUAAUGAUCAGAGUUGAGUCUCUGUUCAGUAAGAUUUUAUUUUCCUUUAAUUUUAAUGUGUAAGAUAUAAAGCCACUUGCAGAAAUAUUACUUUGUUUUUUAAUGGUGCUCCAUCUGUGUGAUUAAUUUAAAUUCAUUACACUGGUCAGUGGGUGGCCCUGUGAGCAAAUUUAAGUGCCUGAAAAUCUGUAGCAUUGUAUAGUUUCUGUGCAAUUUUAAACUUGCGUAAUGUCCACCUGGAUUAUCUACAAGCGCACAGGAAAAUUUCCUAUCUUGUAAAAUUUAAACUUGGCAAGUUAAAAAUUGCAGUAAACUAUAGACAACUAAACCUGGCAAUAAAUACAGGGAAAUUAAUGCAUGAUGUUUUUAAUGUCUACUGUGAUGUACUGGAUAUACUCGUAAGUAAAUGUUAAGACAAAUUAUGAAUGGCAAAUUGGUGGUAUGGCCAUUUGUUUUAAUGGUAUAUUUCCAGUAAAAUUACGUUUUACCCGUUUGCAAAAAUGUGGCAUUACGAGUAUAUGCGGUCAUAGAGUAAUUAUCGAUGUGGUAUAACUUUUAGCAAGUUAAUAUCUUGCUGAAAGCAUCCUUCAAAAGGAUGUGAUCGAAUGUUUCUUUCAGGGGAAUAUAGGCAAUAAUCAGUAUUUUUGAUAUUUGAAUAAAGUUUUUCAAAGGUUA